AUGGACGUCGACAAAGCGAUGACAACGACCAACAAACUCGAUAUGUCCCUGGACGAGAUUGGUAAGGCCAUGAAUAGGAGGAAAGUGAACGCCAACAGGAGAGGCUUCAAAGGGCCGGGACGCCGCCAGAGAGACUUCGAGGGAAGGCCGAGAAGGCAGUUCGGACGCACGAACAGAAGGUUCGACGACAGAAGAGUGGAGCCGAGAAGGCCGCGAAGAGAGACGAAGUACAUUGUGAGAGUGUCGAACCUGGACCACAGCGUGAUGAAGGAGGACCUGAUGGAGCUAUUCAGCUCAGUGGGAGACGUGGCGAAGGUGUGGGUGGACUACGACAACACCGACAGAUCGAAGGGGACCGGAGGCUGCAUCUACAAGUUCACGGAGGACGCUAAGAAGGCAAUCUCCAAGUUCAACGGAAGCAUGAUUGAGGGGAAGGCAGUGGAAAUGUACGGAGAGGUGUACAGCAGAGACCGCCGCAACUUCAGGCCGAGAAAUCGCUACCCAGUGAGAAGCAACAGGUUCUCGCGGGGAGGGCCGAGGAGAACCGGCAGGUCACCCUGGUGA